UUUGUUCCGCCCCAGAAGCCCUUAAGAUGGCGGCGGGGGAAACGGUGGAGGUUGCCCCGUGUUCCUCCGGGCGCUAGUCCGCUGUCCCCCUCGUCCCCCAGUACCCCGGCGGCUGGCCCAUGGCCUGGCGGAGGCCCGGACCAUGGACCUCCACACCGCCGUGUACAACGCCGCCCGCGACGGCAAGCUGCAGCUGCUUCAGAAGCUGCUCAGCGGCCGGAGCCGGGAGGAGCUGGAAGAGCUGACGGGCGAGGUGGCCAGCGGGGGGACGCCGCUGCUCAUCGCCGCCCGUUACGGCCACUUGGACGUGGUCGAGUACCUGGUGGACCGGUGCGGCGCGAGCGUGGAGGCGGGCGGCUCGGUGCACUUCGAUGGCGAGACCAUCGAGGGUGCUCCGCCGCUGUGGGCCGCCUCGGCCGCCGGCCACCUGGACGUGGUGCGGAGCCUGCUGCGCCGUGGGGCCUCGGUGAACCGCACCACGCGCACCAACUCGACGCCCCUGCGCGCCGCCUGCUUCGACGGGCACCUGGAGGUGGUGCGCUACUUGGUGGGCGAGCACCAGGCCGACCUGGAGGUGGCCAACCGGCACGGUCACACGUGCCUCAUGAUCUCCUGUUACAAAGGUCACCGCGAGAUCGCCCGCUACCUGCUAGAGCAGGGCGCCCAGGUGAACCGGCGCAGCGCCAAAGGCAACACGGCCCUGCACGACUGCGCCGAGUCCGGCAGCCUGGAGAUCCUGCAGCUGCUGCUCGGGUGCAACGCCCGCAUGGAACGGGACGGCUACGGCAUGACCCCGCUGCUGGCGGCCAGCGUGACGGGCCACACCAACAUCGUGGAGUACCUCAUCCAGGAGCAGCCCCCUGGGGAGGAAGCAAGGCCAGGGCUGGCCCGAGAAGGCCCCUCCGCUGGCGUGGCGUGCGCGCAGCCCCAGGGCGCCCGCUGCGGCAGCUUCUCCCCCGAGGAAUCCUUGAGUGGGGAAUCGUACGAGAGCUGCUGCCCCACCAGCCGGGAAGCCGCCGUGGAAGCCUUGGAGUUGUUGGGAGCCACCUACGUGGAUAAGAAGCGAGAUCUGCUCGGGGCCCUGAAACACUGGAGACGGGCCAUGGAGCUUCGUCACCAGGGGGGGGCGUAUCUGCCCAAACCCGAGCCCCCGCAGCUGGUCCUCGCCUAUGACUAUUCCAGGGAGGUGAACACCGCCGAGGAAUUGGAGGCGCUCAUCACCGACCCGGAUGAGAUGCGCAUGCAGGCCCUGUUGAUCCGAGAGCGCAUCCUGGGUCCCUCCCACCCAGACACUUCCUACUAUAUUCGGUACCGGGGUGCGGUGUACGCCGACUCAGGCAACUUCGAGCGCUGCAUCCGCUUGUGGAAGUACGCCCUAGACAUGCAGCAGAACAACCUCGAGCCUCUGAGCCCCAUGACCGCCAGCAGCUUCCUCUCCUUUGCCGAACUUUUCUCCUACGUGCUCCAGGACCGCUCGGCCAAGGGCAGCCUGGGCACGCCAGUCGGCUUUGCAGACCUCAUGGGGGUGCUGUGCAAAGGAGUCCGGGAAGUGGAGCGAGCUCUGCAGCUGCCCAAGGAGCCUGGGGACUCGGCCCAGUUCACGAAGGCCCUGGCCAUCAUCCUCCACCUGCUCUACCUGCUGGAGAAAGUGGAGUGCACACCUGACCAGGAGCAUCUGAAGCACCAGAAGGUCUACCGGCUGCUCAAGUGCGCCCCCCGCGGCAAGAACGGCUUCACCCCUCUGCACAUGGCCGUGGACGCGGAGACCACGAACGUGGGUCGCUACCCGGUGGGCAGGUUCCCCUCCCUCCAGGUGGUCAAGGUGCUGCUCGACUGUGGGGCCGACCCAGACAGCCGGGACUUUGACAACAACACCCCGCUGCACAUCGCGGCGCAGAACAACUGCCCGGGGAUCAUGAACGCCCUGAUCGAGGCGGGGGCCCACAUGGACGCCACCAACGCCUUCAAGAAGACAGCCUACGAGCUGCUGGACGAGAAGCUCCUAGCCAAGAGCACCAUUCAGCCUUUCAACUACGUGACCCUGCAGUGCCUUGCGGCCCGCGCCCUGGACAAGAACAAGAUCCCCUACAAGGGCUUCAUCCCCGAGGAGCUGGAGGCUUUCAUCGAGCUGCACUAACAGGGCCCAGAGGAGAACCCGGGAGGGGCGGGACCCACACCUGUCCC